GUGACGGAUCUCUAAACACCAUCUGUUCUGCUUAUGUCACAAUAAGAAAUUGAAAUGAAGGUUUUACUUAAGGGACUUUUGUUCACUUUAAGCUGCAACUUCUCCUUUUCCUUCUACUUUCAACAGGGGGAGAGAGAUGAAAAGUGCAUCAUAGAGGACAUUCCAGCUGAUACCUUGGUUACAGGACGACACAAAAUGCAAUCCUGGGAUAUUGCUGCACAUGAAUUCCUUCCUUCUGCACCAGGUUUGGGUUUGUUUGUGACUGUCAAAGGUCCAGAUAAACAGAUUUUGCUGCAUAAAUUAUAUGCUCCAGAAAGUCACUUUAUAUUUCAGUCUCAUUCUCAAGGGGAGCACUACAUCUGCCUGACAUCCAACUCCACCAGACUAGCAGUGUUUGCUGGGAGUAAAUUGCGCAUUAAUUUGGACAUUCAGGUUGGUGAACAUAUCACUGAAAAGUCUGAUGAAACCAAGGACAAGAUAAUUAACGCGGAGGAAAGAGUUCUGCAUUUAAUAGAGAGAAUGCAAUAUAUCAGCAAACAGCAGGACUAUCAGAGAUUACGUGAAGAAGAAUUUCGACGAGUCAGUGAAAGGACUAACGACGACAUCUUAUGGUGGGCUCUAGUUCAAACCACAAUCCUUCUCACAAUGGGAGUCUGGCAAAUGAAGCACAUGAAAAAUUUCUUUGUGGCCAAGAAACUAGUAUAAAAGGAACUGUACAUUACACAAUUCGAUUUCUGGUGAAGGGUUCACAAUUUAUCUUUAUUCUGCAGAAGAUGUUCAAUAGCAUAGAAAAUUUACAUACAAACUAAUUUAUGAAUCUUUACCAGGGUUUCCAUAGAUCUGCAAAUGAUUGCAAAGAAGCCACUGUGGAAAAUCAACACUUAUAAAUCUCAAGUAGUUUUAAAAAUGUGAUUGUUUUUAAAAGAUGGAUGUCUGUGCAUACAUCAGUUACCUAGCCUUUAAGAUAUGCAUUGAACUACUCUAAAAGCUAACAAAUAUGAAUUUCUUUAGCAUGCCUAAAGCACUAAUGCCAUUUAUUCUUCGUAGACUGAGCAGGGGUAAAGAUUACUUUGGAGAUCUUGCUGAGUUCAGAAUAUUUGGGCAAUGGGUUAAAGUCAAAUAGACACCUUGGAAAAGAGCAAAAUGCAUAGAUUUGUCUUUGAAUUCAAUACUUGAGUAUUACUGGAUAAAGUUUUAUCCAUUAUAGGUAGUUUCUUACGCAAUGAAGUGUUUAAUGUAUUAUGUGAUUGCUUUAAUGUAAUCUUCAGAAAGAUCAAUACUACAAAUUAAAUAUUUA